AUGGUGGAGCAGCCGGUAGCGAUUCUUAAAAAGCAAGGAGCAGACUUCACCUUUACAAUAACGACCGCAACUAUUCCAACCAUCCAAUCUCGAGAAAUCCUUGUUUGCCUGGAAGUGGCGGGCCAUGAGGGAAUCGGCAGAAUUGUGGCCGUAGGCGCCAUGUGUGAAGCCAAAGCGGCGGUGGUUGGCCAACGAGUUGGAAUUGGCUGGAUCCGCGAUGCCUGUGGCGCGUGUCCCAACUGCAUGAGCGCGGAGGCGGGCGAAACCAGAUGCACCACCCAGGUCUUCAGUGGCCGAGAUGUGGCCGGCACGCUGACCCGAUAUGCUGUCGUUCCGGAACGGUACCUGAUGCCUCUGCCUGAAGAGAAUCCCAGCGAGCUGUUGACCCCGAUCAUGUGCGCCGGGGUGACAGCUUACAAGGCCCUCAAGGUGGCCAACGUUACUCUCGGAUCGUGGAUCGGUGUGUCCGGAGCAGCAGGCGGCGUGGGCUCCCUGGCAGUGCAAUAUGCCAAGGCUAUGGGGUAUCGGACGGUGGCCAUUGACAGCGGGGGCGGCCCUCAACAAAGAGCCAUCUGUCUGGAGGCGGGGGUUGAUGUCUAUCUUGACUAUGAGGAGGCCAAGCCAGAUCUCCGAACCAAUCUCCUUCGCGCUACGGGAGGUGAUCUCAGUGCUGCUGUUCUUGUCUGUGCCGGGGCUGCCACCGCACUUUUCACCUACCUCUUCAACUUGGAUGUAGCGUACGCCAUUUUCAGGGGCCAGCCGCCGGGGCUCCUGCUGCAAGAGCUGAGAUUUGAACUCCCGAUCUCGAAUGUCUGCUUCCAGGCGCCGUCUGCCGAUGCCUGCUUUGUCACACUGCGUGCGUGGAAGCAGAAUACUGCGGGAGACCAUCACAGCCAGGACCUGUACUCAGUAGUGUGGGGAGUCUGCAAUCAAAGCCUCCACCCGUUUGAAAGCGAUACGCUCGAAUCUGAGAACGUUGAACAUGUUUACAAUAAUCUCCGGUCUCCAGCGCUGGAAAUGCACCUGGGCGUCCGCGGCGCGCUCUGCCGAGCCGUUGCACCCUGGGGAGGGAGUAGCCGGGUGAGCUUUACGCGCUAUGCCCCGGAGUAUUGGCUUUUAUCCAGCUUGGUCCUCAAUCGAUUGCAGAAGCUGAAGGGGGCGGACACAGGCGGCUGCCAGCGUCCAUCAUCCAGCCACGGCGACCAGGACGAUCUCGGUUACAGCCUUGAUCGCAGUUCUCCGCGACUGAAGACCCUUAGCACCGAGUUCCGGCAGCUGAGUUUCACUGGAGGUUAG